CCGACCGGAGACCGUCAGUUCAACGAGAUCCUUUCGGCAGUUAGGACGCGCGCUCUCGGCUGUUCGGCUUCUGGGUGAUACGGUGGUUUGAAGUUUGGUGGUUUUACUGUUUUGCUAAGGUAGUGUGUGGAUUUAUUUUUUCCCCGUGCAGUGAGCUCCUCGGAAAGGUUCUAGAUUGUGAGACAAAGCGGGCCAAAAUCAGCUUGAAUCUGGGCAUCCCUCGCACGUCGCAACAGGCUGUCGUCGCAGCAAGAUGCCCAUCUCAGGUCCGUGUGCAAACCGGCUCUAGUGCGCGUGUGUGCGUGUGAGCACCUUUUGACAAACGGCCGGAUCGUCGGUUCGUGGAGAAGCCGGGGUUUUUUCGUUUGGCCCGGGGCCCGGUUGUUGUGAGCGAAGCACGUGCGCGAAGAAAAUUUCUCGUUUUCCAUCCGUCCGCAGAAGUGUUAUUCUUUGGUGACGGCCAACGUUCCAACUCAGCCAACGCAUACAACGAUUCGGUGUACUGUUGUUUUGUUUCGUUGCCUUAAAAUAAUAAUGUUUGUGACAAAAAAUCAACGUGCGAGGUGUCAGUGAAGGAAAAGAGCUAAAUUGUCUCAAGUGUUUAAGCAUAUAAAAGAUUGUUCUGGCUAAAGUGCAUGAGCAAGCGUGUGAGUGUGUAGUAUGGAAAUAGCCAGUGUAAUGGAUAAUAUGAUGAAAACCAGCAUGGGACUUCACGAUGAUCGGUCCAGUCGGAACAGCAACAGUAGCAGUUCGGGUUCACCCACAGUAGUACACGAGAAAAAGAAAAUGCUGGACAUAACGCGAGACAGGCCCAUCAAAAUUGCAGUUCGAGUGCAAGUUCCUGUGCGGGAUCAUCCUAAGUUCAACUUUGUCGGUAAACUGCUCGGACCAAAAGGAAACUCACUCAAACGGCUGCAGGAAGAAACGAUGUGCAAAAUGGCCGUGUUGGGCAAGGGAUCGAUGCGCGACCGAAAGAAGGAGGAAGAGCUUCGACUCAGCGGUGAUCCACGAUACGCGCAUCUGUCCGAGGACCUUCACGUGGAAAUCUCAACCUACACCGCACCAGCGGAAGCACACGCUCGUAUCGCGUAUGCCCUGGCGGAAGUGCGCCGGUUUCUGGUUCCGGACUACCAUGACGAUAUUCGACAGGAGCAAAUGUGGGAAAUGCAGGCAUUAAAUUCACAAAACGCGACCAGUAAUCUAUCCUCAGCCCAUGAUAACACGCUCAACGGUGGCUGCGGCAACGGUCUCUCCACCAAUGGCAUGAGCAUCAGCAGCAGCGGAAGCAGUUGUAGCACCGGAAGCACCGGAAGCACCACCAACGGAACCAUGCCUACUAACGGGCCGCACAGCAACGGACUGAACGGUGUGGUGGUCAGCGCAGCCCAGGUCGUAUCCAACGGUGUCACAGGGCUCGGGACCGGAAGCAAUGCCUCGGCGUCCAUUGGCGUCGGAUCGGAACUUGGCACGAACGGUAGCACGCAACCAUCGUCCGUCGUGACGGAUCUGCAGCAUGUGACGAGCUCGCUCACGCAUCAUCAACACCACCAUAAUCAGCAGCAGCAGCAACAGCAAUCACAGCAGCAACAACAGCACCAUCAGCACCAACAAUCGCAGAACCAGUUCCUGUCGAACGAUGCAGACAUGAGCAGUCUCCUGCAACCGAUGGACGUGAACAUGACUUCGGCGAAUCAUUUUGUGAAUUCCUUACCUACGAGUGACCUGGACGCGCAAACGUUGGCGUUCGUCGAAUCGGCCAAUGCAUUCCUGCAUCCGGCGUUGCGCGGUGUGAAAGCCGUUAGCUUAGCACGUAAGCGGCCCCUGCUAGGAGGACCCCGAUCGACCAUGAAUCCCACCAAGCGCACGGUGAUGACGCUGAUUGCACGUGCACGCACGGCCCAAGCUCUGCACGGUUCCCGGACGGCUCAACCGAUUGGCGAACCGAUACAGGUGAUCACUUCGCCGCUUAUUCUGCAACCAUCGCUGGACUUACUGCAGCCAGGGGCGAACGGUGGCGUUGCCAAAGAAAACAUUCUGCAGGGCGCUUAAAAGCCAACAAGCAGCACACUAGCAGGCACGGACGGAAGCGUCUAACAAAAGUUUCUACUAACCAGUAGAUCAAUAGGUUCUUCUCCACGCAACAAACAACCAACCAGCACUGCAUCAUCAAACAGGACAACGCUCCAAGGCAUCCUACAGAACCAUUGCCACCAUCCAGGAAUACAUGUACCAGAUCGACGACACAGCGGUUUCACAUUAUGCAUACAGCCAUACACACAAUCACACACAAUCGUUGAACCAGAUGACAAACCGUAAGUAAGGUAGAAAUUAUAUAUUAAAACAAAUUUCACAAACAAAACCAAACAACGCACAAUGAUGCGCACAAUUUAUCAUGUUGAACGACGAUUAUGCUAGUUUUUUUAACUGUAAAAUGCUACCGAAUGGAAAUGCAUAGACACCAUGGUUAAGAGCACGUUAUGAUAGGCAGGAAAAAGGAAAACACAAAAACCAGAGACAAAAUUUAUAUAUUGAUAAUUUAUAUUAAAACCAAACCAUGCAAGUAAACCCCUCAAGAGCAUUACUGAUCAAUUGCCACGAUGCAACUACUGAUUUAAGCAACGAGAAUGGAAAAAAUGCCAGAGAUAAGUAACUAAAUUUUACUCAACGAUAAGCUCAAUAUUGUGCACCGGGUAAUGUAAAUUUUUAAAAAGCGAUUAAACAUGCAAACGGACCCUCUACACAUCUAGUUUCUCGUUCCGUACCGGACGCAUUAAAAGUGAUACAGAUUGAUAUGAAUUUUGUUGUGAAUAUUGUUCGUUAAUACUGGCAAAAUGUUAUCCCACUUCCCCACGCCCCCACGCUCGUUGACACAUUUUUGUACGGCUUAGAGAUUUUUGUAUAACAUAUUUUACACACUUUACAGGUAACAGGCACGAACGAAGUAAUAUCAUAACACACAAGCGUAAGUUUAAGCAUCGCAGGAAUUGUUUUUUGAAAGUAAAGUAUAGUAACUAGAUGAAUUAAAAGGCAGAUAAAUAUAAAGCACAUAUAGUUUUAAAUAUCAUUUAAAAUUAUGUUUUACUCCUUUCUUCUUCUAUAAUUUUUCAAAAAUUUUAUUCAAAAUAUUAUUCAGCCGCGUAGCAGAAUAGUUUAUUGAUCGUACCUAAGCAAUGUUGAGAAUGUCAAAACAAAAACUUAAACAAUCUAGAGAAAAGAUUUUGCAAUCAUUUUCCAUAAUCUUAAAAAGUGACUUUCUUUAAAAGUUUUCUUUAUAAAGAUUUUCUUUAUUAUUUAAAAUUUCCCUAAUAUUUUUAGUACUUUAAUAUCUCUUUUAAUGUUUUUUGAGUAUUACCAAUAUUCAAGACCUACCGAGCAACCGGUGCAUUUUCACGCUACAGGUUAAGCUAUUGAAUCCUCUCCGGGCAGUCUUUCUGUACAUAAAACUGACUACCCAGCUCAAUGAAUGGCAAAGAAGCUAGAAAUGGUUGGCUGAUGCCUCUCGAAGAAGAAGAGCCAAAGAAGAUGUUUUCCCAUUUUGUUAAAUAUUGUUUAAGAUUAUGUCUGGUUAUUUAUGACUUCUAAGACUUGUUCGGCCUACGUAGACAAAAACGUCUAGCCCUGAUACUUAGAAGAGGUUUUGUUAAGGCUGGUCCUUUGUACGAGACCGUUCGCGGAACUUUUGCACCAUUUUGAUGUACAUUCUUGCCCGAGAGUGAUCACAUCCCAUUAUGCCCAGCCGACCAUAAUCAAUUGUUUGGUAUAUUUUUAGUAUUCCUGCAAACAGAUUGUGUCAAUCUUUUUACAUUCACUUGUUUUCUUAAAAAUUGGUAAAAGUUUUGCUGCUAACCUAGACUGAACUGACUGGACUUGACCCAUAAUGUUAAAUUUGAGCCGUGGUUUUUGUUUCAAAACCACUCAAUUUAACAAAGAGGUUUUUGAGAUAGAAUUUUUAUGUUAAAAACGAAUUUAACUUUAACAAUAUCAUCUCUCAGUUUCAUUAGUCAAUUUUAAUGGCAGUGCUAUAGGAAUUUGACUUUAUAAGAAAGAAGAGCAGUAGUGCAUGGAUGUCUUUAUUGCUAAGAUAUUGAGAACACUUAUUAAUUUUAUGAUUUAUUUGAUUUAUAUUAAAUUAUUUGAAAUGAAGUUGAAUCUUUGCUCAAAGUCCUCUUCAUACGUUUUAUUUUUGGCCGAUUGUUCUACAUACUUCAUAUGCUGCUUUAUAAAGUCAAACCUGUUUAAACUGCUAAUUGGGUUUGUGACUAUUUCCAUUCCCAUCAAAGCCCUGAUUAUAUUUUGUAUACGACACAAUUACUAUUAAAAGAAACAUAUUGUGCUGGAAUUUGUGAAUAAACAAACAACAGUUGCUAACACAACACCUCAACAUAGCUUGCCGAGGACGACGCUUUGCAUAACAAAACACUAAACAUAUGAUGCACAUGAUUAACACAAAACUAUUUAAAAACAAAAUCCUCCCCCGAACGUUCACUAGCUGCUUGCGUAGUUGAUACCGUUCGAAAGACACUUGAAAAACACGCUAAACCAAUGUAAAAGAAGUACUUUAACUGAUGUCUCCCCUAAACCAACAUAUACGUGUUAUUGAUGGAACUGUCCUAGUAGUCGUACACUAAAUCCGUAAGGAAAUGCAUGCAUGCCUGUCGUUUAAAAUUUAUCUUUACUUAAAUACAGCCCCAAUAAAACGUAGCAAUGUAGGGAUAACUUAACGAGACGAUCCCCCAAACCGGGGUUGUCCCAAUAAACAUGAAUUGUUGUUCAAAAUUAAUAAACAAAAAAAUUAAGUAAAAUGUGUCGUACAAUGAUUCUGGCAAAAAAGCCAAACAACCAAACUCUUUCGAAGGCAGAUUCAUUAGAAAACCCAAUUAAAUAAAACUCUCAAUGUCGCAACAAUAAACCAAAGAGUAAACUAAAUUUAUGAUAAAAUAAAAUGUGGCAAAAAAGAGAAUCGGUAACGCGAGCAAAGCGAAAUUACAAACAACUUUAACUUAAGAACCAUCUACAAAAGGCGCAAAUGCACCAUGCAAAAGGCAAAACACUAAACCGGGGAAAGCGGUGGGAAUAAACAGUAAACAAGAAUCCGACUAACUCAACAUUUCCCCCUUUUGAACAGAGUUUAAACUAGCCAGGUAAAUAUUUAAAUUUAAAUGUCAAUUAUCGCUAAGCUAAAGCUAAACAGGUGAACCACACCACCAAAACAACAAGCUCGACAACGAUUCACACCACAGUGAGUUUGGUGCAACAGCAAUCGAUUAUCAAAGUAAAUGACCAUACCGUAAACCAUACCAAGAAGAGGAAAAACCAACCAAAUAGGGUUCACUUUUAAAACACACGCACAACCAUGCACAAUUUACAUAGUAAAAUUAAGUAAGCUUCCAGCAAUCCAAACGCAAAUCGGAAGCAAGCACCAAAAACUGGAUUUGAUAAAGCUGAAAUUGUCUGCUUCAAAAAAUCGAAUAAGCAGCAAAACAAAACCACACCAGAGGCAAAGCAUUAACGUUUAACGAACAAACAAAAAACAUAAACUAGAUUUCUCAAUAUGUGUAUGUGUGAGUGUCCGUGUACGUGUAUGUGUGUAACUACAUGUAAGCAUUAAAAAGCAAACGUUAAACAAAGCUCCUAUCGCGACUCAGCAGCAGUCCGUUUUGGUAGUUUGUAAACCAAAAACAUCCCAGACAAAGCUCAACAACAUAAAAUUAAAGCAAAAAAAUAUUUAAAAAAACCCCUCACUCCUUUGUGCAAGCUCGGGUAGAAAAGGGGGACUUAAGUAAGGGAAGAGGAAGCUUAAAAGGAAAGGACACAACCAUCGCCGGUUAGUACGAUCGAAAUGUGCACACCGCUUACAAUAUGUUCUCUAUUGGAUACAAAUGUUGAUACAAAUUUUGGAUGGUUUUUGUGCCGGUGAGAAAGGAAGGAAGGACUUUGAGGAGGUGUUGGAAGGCAUUUUCCUCCUCCUGGGUUGGGAAGGUGUCACCGUGGUUUAGUGAAAGCAUUGCAAAGCUAUUUUUAUGAUUUACUAACAAAAGUAGAACAAAAUACACACACACACACACAAUCUUAACGCUGAUUUCCAGCCAUCGAAACAAACAAACGUUUGUCACACACAUAACAAAAUGGGAAAAGGAAACAGGAGCAGAGCGAAAAAGGGAAAAUGAAUGUUGGUGAGAGAAGUUGAGGUCUGUGAAGGGUAUAUUUCGAGCAGUGAUAUGAAACAUGCGCCAACGUAUGCUUACCAAGCCAGCCGUUGAUGGUGAAAGUGAGUGAAUUUCCCCCGAAAUAAAAUUAAACACUUUUGGAAUGAGAAAAGUAAGCCGCAA